AAAAGACUUUAUCAUCCAUUAAUAAUUCCCUGCUUCAGCCGAAAUGCAACUAUUAUGAAUCUUUAAUUCCCGUGUUGAAAUUUCUUAAGGAAGGACUUUAGAAUCUGUUGAAAUUGAAAACUAUUAUCAUCCAAGGGCUGCAAAAAAAAACCAGAAAAAAAAAAAAAAGUCAAAAAAUGUGGAUAGAAAGGAAUUUUCAAAUUCGUGCUGGUGAAGACGUCAGUCAAUGAAUGCCAAAAAUGACGCACCCAAAUAAAAUUUAAUUAAUUUCCCCAAAAUCUAAAAACUAGGCCAAAGCAUGGGGCCAACAGAGGCCAUUGAUGCAAAGACGGCAAGGUUGCAUAUUUUCUCCGAUUCCCAUAUCCCGGAUUAUCCGCGCAACAAUCCAGAUUUUCAUGGGGGCAAUCUCGAUGAUGAAUUAAGACUUCAAAGUCCCGGAUGAAGAUGGGUAUAUGUUUUAUUGGCUGUUCUUUAUCUUGGGUUUUUGGUUUUUCUUAUGCCUAUGUGUUGGGUACUCGAAAUGGGUGUUUGAUUGGGUUUGUUUUGGUUAUUAAUCUAUGAUGAGAAAAGGUAGUUUUUGGAGGAACCCAGUUGGGCAUUUCAUUGAAAACGGCAAAGUUCAUAGAAAUUAGGACAUGGGGUUUGUUUUUUCUGAGUUCAUCUGUCUCAUUUUCUGGUUGGUUUGAUGGAUCUUGCAAGCUUUGCGUUUUCAAGUUGUAAUUUUUGGGGGGCAAAAUCAUAUUGAAAGUGGUAUUGGGAAAAGUUCUUGUCUUUUGCACUAUUAUUGUCUGAUAUUUUGAUUGCUUUAGUGAGUGUUUGUUAUGCAUAAAUAUAUGAUGGUUCCUUUUUGUUCUACACAGCUGCAUGUUUUGUGAUUGAAUCUGAUAAGUGGUACUCUUGCUGGCUUCUUUUUUUUUUUUUUUAAUUCUCUUGAAUGUCAAUGCCAAAUCUUUUACAGGAAAUUGUUCCUAUUCUCUGUUCUUUUGCUUUCUUCUUGUUUGUUUCUCAAAGGUGUCGUAAGGGAGGCAGUUGAUUAUAGUUCCUGCUUUAACAACACUUUCACUUUUUCGUGUUGAGAUUCAAAACUAUCAUUCAUUGAUAGUCUGUUUUGAAAUCUUUCGUGCUCAAUCUUUAUCCUUCAUCUGCUCAGCCUCAAAAUCAUUUCUCAUAAUCUAUUUUCUUUGAAAAGGUGGAAAAGUAAGCUUAAAAUGCAAAUAUAAAUUUACCUAGCCCUU